AUGAUGGGAUUGGGAUUGGGUGAGUAUGAUUGUGAUCUGCUUCUUUUGGGUGUUAUCAAAAUCCUGAAUGCUAUAACAUGGCUUCUUCAAUAUGUUGGUAUUAGAGUAGUUGAUGAAUUUGUUGCAGAGGAGCAGUACACUUAUGUCCCUCCACAGUAUAGUGCUGCCACCAUGGAUUCUAAUGAAAUGGCAGAAAAUCAACAGAUGGGCAUUAUUUUAAGGGCCAGUUCUCUUGGAGUUCCUGAUGAGAUGAUCUGUGCAGUCUGUUUGAAUGAUUUUGUAGAGCAGGAUGAGAUCUGGAAGCUCAGAGAUUGCUGUCAUAUUUUUCACAGAGGUUGCUUAGAUGAAUGGAUUGGUCUUCUCCAUUUGACUUGCCCCCUCUGUAGGGCUCCUUUAUUGCCAAAUGGAAAUGAAAUUUGA